AGUAAUCAAGAACAAUUGAAAAGAGAAGAGUGAAUCAGACAAGAAAUACAGAAAUAAUAACUUUUGACAAAAGAAGAAGUAAACAAUAAGUGAAUUAUGAAACCAUUGAUAAUAUUUUUUAUGGCCAUCGCAGCCAUAAAUGGAUUUUUUUUAAGUGACCAAGCUAGGCAGGAAUUUUAUCAGGAAAUGGAGAGAAUAUUUUCCAGUCGUCAUAAGUACAUAAUGCAUGGAGAUGUGAGAAUUCCACUUGAACCAAUAAAAAUGUCCGAAUUGUUGAGAGCAGUUGAGACAUUCCAUGCGAUUUCGGAAGAAGAAAGAGCUGCAUUGAAGAAUCAUCUUUUUGGAGUGAAAUUUCCACGACCAAUGCCCGCUAGUCAUAUUGAAAGUGUUCAUCCAUUUGACGAAGAAAAAUUAAAUGAAAUUCAUGAAAAGUGGGACCUAAUGACACCGGAAGAACGUGAAGAAGUUCGCAAUAAUAGACGCAAGGAUGUUGAUCAUGCAAAACCAGAUUUCAUUCAUAGAUUCCCAAGAGAUAUGCCUGAGCAUAAACACGCGAAAGAUUGUGAUCAUUUCAGUGAAGAAAAAAUUGAAGAAUUACGAGUGAAAUGGGAAGCAAUGACACCAGAAGAACGUGAAGAGUUGAAGAGAAGCUUCAGAAAAGAUCAUAGAGACAUUAAAAGUCAUUCAGGUCGAUCAAUUCAAGGAAUAAGAUUUCCAGAUUAUUUCCACUUUAUAAAUGAUAUUCCUAAUACUCGUCCUUUUCCAAGACCAGAAAUGCCCAUUGGGCGUCCAGAAGACAAUAUUGGAUCACCAAUUAACUGGAAUUCACGCCCUUUUCCAACACCAGAAAAACCUAUUGCCAGACCAGAAAAUAGAAUAAGAAUGACACGACCUAUUGAAUGGGUUUCUCUACCAGAAGUUGAUAGAGUUCUUUAUCCAAUUGAUGGCAAUUUCCAACCAAUCAAGCCUUUAGAAGAAUUAGAAAGCUCAAUGAUUCAAGCAGCAAGUGAUACCGGAAGAACAAGACCAGUUGAUCCAGUUGCUCGUGACCGUAUGCCACAACCAAUAAAACAAAUUCCAAUUCGCCAAUCAUCAAUGGAUUCUUCAACUUUGUUUGAUGAUAUGACUGAUGAAGAAAGACUUCAAGUUAUUCGUGAAUUAUUCCCAGGAGGAUUACCUAUUCGACCAAUCGGACCAAUUCCUAUUAUUCCAGCCGAAAAAGGUGGUGCAUUAGUUUUUGAGCAUGAAGAUAUUGAUAAUGAAGACACUAAAACAAGAAAUGUAGAGGAUUAUCCACAUCGUUCUCGAAGACCACGCAACUUCCAACCAAUCCUUCCAUUGCAGAGACAACCGAUCUUGCCCAUCAAGUCACAACCUAUCUUACCGCAUCAAUCACAACCAAUUUUACCAAUCAAGUCACAACCUAUCUUGCCAUUCAAGACUCAACCAAUUUUACCACAACAAUUUCAACCAAUAAUGCCAUUGCAAUUCCAACCAAUAAUGCCAUUACAGAGACAACCAAUUAUGCCAAUCAAGUCUCAACCAAUUUUACCUAAUCAAUUUCAACCAAUAAUGCCAUUUUAGAGAUCUUAUGAAAGAAUUUCUAAUCAAUAAUUCUAGUAGCAUGUAGAUAUUUAGAGUAGAAUGAAACUUAAAGUGUACUGAAAUCCAAAUUAUUCUCGAAUAUGAUAUAGAAUAGAAAUAUAUAUAUAUUUAUGCAAACUGAAAAAAAAAAUCCACGACAUUGUUGAGUAGGUUUAAUAAAGACUCGAAUUAAUAUUAAUUUUUCUUAAAA